CCUCCUCCUGCUCCUCCUGCUGUUCCUAGCGAGGAGCCGCUCCGCGAGCCAUGAUGAGCCCCGUCCUGAGUCGCGCGCCCUUCUCUCCCCACGCCGCAUGCCUCUUCGUGUGCGGCGGCGGCGGCCCGAAGGCGUGCCAGCUCAGCAGCCCCGCGCCCAUCGACGUCCUCGGUGGCAUCGGCAGCUUCAAGCAGGAGCAGCAGCAGCAGCUCGCGGCGUCCCCGCAGCAGCAGCCGCAGCAACAGCAGCAGCCGCGCUCCCCGUCCCCGGAGUUGCUGCGCUGCCGCCGUCGCCUUGGGCUGGCAGCGGCCGCUGCCGCCGCGGGUGGCGGUGUCGUCCCGCACCACCACCACAACCACCACCACCACAACCACCACCACCACAACAACAACCACCAGCAGCAGCACCGCGCUCCGCCCGUGGCGGUGGCGCGGCGCAACGAGCGCGAGCGCAACCGCGUGCGCCUCGUGAACAUGGGCUUCGCGGCUCUGCGCGAGCGCGUGCCGCCCGCGGGCACCGCCGCAGCCGCCAGCGCCGCGGCCGCGGCCGCAGCCGCCACCGCGAGCCGCCGCGUGAGCAAAGUGGAGACGCUGCGCGCCGCCGUGGAGUACAUCCGCGCCCUGCAGGCGCUGCUCCGCGAGCACGACUCGGCCAUGGCACCGUCGCUGCGAGCCGCCGCCUCCCCCGCGACGCUGCUGAUGGGGGUCGGCGGCGGUUCCGCGCCCGGCGGCUCCUCCUCGUGCUCUUCCUCGUGCUCCUUGGCGUGCUCCGUGUCGGGGGGUGGCGCCGCGGCGUCUCUGGCGUCGUGCUCGCCAGGCGGCAGCUCCCUGUCGGACGAGACCUCCUCCUCGUCCUCCUCUUCGUCCGACGAGCCGCUGAGCCCCGAGGAGCAGGAGCUGCUCGACUUCGCCAGCUGGUUCUAGGGCGCCAGCACGGCGGAUUCCUCCGAGCUCGCCGCUUCACGUCGCCCGCGUCUGGCACUUGAGCAUGGAGAGAGCGAGCGAGCCGUGCUCCCCAUCCGAGAAAUUGCACUGACCCUUGGAGACGACACUCAGAGAUGCCCUCCACCCCGAGACCUCGUUUUUACUCCUCGACUCAAGACCACGGACUCCCCCUGCCUCUAUCCGGCUGUGGGACACCGCCGCCGCUGCCUUAAUGAACAUUAGCACCCCACCCAUCCCUGCACCGCCCCACCAACCCCCAACCCACCCCUGGCGUGGCGAAGGGAGCUUAAAGUGACUCGCAGGCAGCCAAUAAUUGGCCGUAGCACGGUGACGCAAUGCUACGGAGGAGCUCGACACUGCACCGUGACGCUUGUCUGCGUGGUCGUGCUGGAGAAUUUGAAGCGAGUUGUGGCUUUUUUUUGCGACCGAAGCUGUCGUCCCACAGUCGCCCACGGUUGUGCGCGACUGUGGGCGACUGUGUGUGUGUGUCGGCUUGGAACGCGGCAAAUGCCGAAUGGGUCCGUCGAAAAUACGGCACUUCGAAUGCCCCACGCUCAGUUAAGACGACGGUCGGUUUGCCCGUUCGAGCAAUUUCCAAAGUGUGGCGUUAAUUUGUUGUUGAGCCCAUAGGCCAUAGUUCAACGUCACGGCAUUCCGCCGCGUGUGGUGUCAUCUCUGACCCGGGGUUGUUCGUGAUCAUUGCCCAUCGGCGACAGCGAGCGAGGGAGGGAGGGCGGAGAGAGAUGCUACGGAGCUCAGCAGCUGGACAGCUCCGGCUGAAAUCAAGUCCUGCGUAUGAACCACUUUGGCAGUCUUCACCACUGCCCUUGUUAAGAAUUUCACUCCGAAACAAAUGUGCCGUGUUAGAACGCUGCCCAUGGAGGGCAGGGGGACGGGGGGGGGGUAUUUUGUAAUAUGAUACAAUAGAUUGUGCUCUAAUUUUGGAUGCGUAUUUUAUUUUGUACAUAAGAGAAUUUAUAUUUUGUAAAUUGUGUACGUUCUGUAAUUAUUUUUGUUUGUUUAAACAAUGAGCCGUUGCCAGCUGUGACACUGCCAGCUCUGUGGUCCAGAAGCAUUUCACGCGAUAAAGUCCCCAGAUAGUCGGCGCCCGGUGCCACUGUCUACGCGGUCUGGUGAUCCCAAACCUCUCACGGCUUUUGGUUGGGUUACGCGGUGCUUUCCUUAGGUCGGUUUGUGCGUUACUACUACUAUUAUUAUGGGUCUCGUCUAAGGAGCUGUUAAAUUAUAGAGCACAUUAAAAAUGUGUAGACGUGAAACUAGGGCUUAUUAUUUAAAUCGUGAUAGAAACACAACGUUUGUACAAUUUCAGGGUUUUGAUAUGUUUGUAUAAAUUCAGCACAUACUAUGCAGAAAUCGUCUCUGGUGUAUUGCCGGAAGGGGCUAUUUUUGGAAAUAAA